AUGAAUUGUGAAACUUUGAUGAAUCAAGAUGAGCACAUCCAAUCAAUUUUGCACAAACAGUCAAAGCAAAUGCGAAGUGAUUAUCGUAUCUGUCUCACUGCUUCAAUUGAUUGUAUUAGAGUUCUGUUGCGACAAGGGAAUUCAUUUCGGGGUCAUGAUGACACUGAAGGUUCUCUUAAUCCGGGUAACUUUCUUAUUCAACUGGAGUUUUUAGGUGCUCAUAAUAAAGAGAUUAAUGAUGUAAUAUUGAAAAAUGCUCCUAAAAAUUACAAGUUAACAUCACCGGAUAUUCAGAAGGAUAUAGUAAGGGCUUGUGCAACUGAAACAAUUAAUGUUAUUAUCAAAGAUAUUGGUAAUUCAUUAUUCUCUAUUUUAGUUGAUGAAUCUCAUGAUGUGUCAAUGAAGGAGCAAAUGUCAGUUGUUUUGUGCUAUGUUGAUAGUAGUGGGAAUAUAAAUGAGCGUUUUAUUGGAAUUGAACAUGUUACUAGUACUAUAGCACUCUCACUUAAAGCUGCUAUUGAUAAAAUGUUCGCUAAAUAUAAUUUGAGCAUAUCUAAUGUGAGAGGACAAGGUUUUGAUGGAGCAAGUAAUAUGCAAGGUAAAUUUAAUGGUCUAAAAGCACUCAUUUUAAAGGAGAACUCAUGUGCAUUUUACAUAGAUUGUUUUGCCUAUCAGCUUCAACUAGCUUUUAUAGCUGUGGCAAAAAAAAAUCUUCCAAUUUCUAAUUUCUUUCGUAUUGUUGGUGAUGUGAUAAAUGUUGUUGGAUCAUCCUGCAAACGUUCUGAUCUUCUUAAGGAGAAACAUUCAGAUUUUAUUGUUGAGGCACUAGAGAGGGGUGAAAUUUCAAGUGGUCGAGGGCUUAAUCAAGAAACUACUCUUCAACGUGCUGGGGAUACACGUUGGGGGUCACAUUACAAUUCUUUGAACAGUUUGAUUUCUAUGUUCCCUGCUGUUAGUGAUGUGCUUGAAAUGAUUUCAGAAGAUGAUUCCAGUUCUCCUGAUAAAAAAACUGAGGCAUUUAAUUUAUUGGAGUCAAUACUUUCAUUUGAUUUUGCAUUAAAUCUACACUUGAUGAAACAUGUCUUAGGGAUUUCGAGUGAAUUGUCGACGGCAUUACAAAAGAAAGAUCAGGAUAUUGUAAAUGCAAUGGAUUUGGUACAAGUAUGCAAACACCGACUCCAAAAUAUGAGAGAAGAUGGUUGGGAUUCAUUUUUAGAAAAGGUUCAGUAUUUUUGUCAACAACAUUACAUUAAUUGUCUCAAAAUGGAUGAUAUGUUCACACGUUGGGCACCACGUGGUCGUCCCCAUCGUAAUCCACCAGAAGUGACAAAUUUACAUCACUAUCGAGUUGAUUUAUUUUUUGGUGUUAUUGAUAUGGAACUUCAAGAAUUAAAUGAUCGUUUCUCAGAGGCAAGUACAGAGUUACUUCUUUGUGUAGCUUGUUUGUGUCCACAAAACUCUUUUAUAGCUUUUGAUAAGAAAAAAUUGUUGCAAUUGGCUGAGUUUUAUCCACAAGAUUUCUCAAGAUUUGAUCUUCUCGUACUUGAUGAUCAACUUGAAACUUAUAUAUGUGAUAUGUGUUCUAACAAAACAUUUCAAGGAUUGAAAGACCUUGGUGAUCUUUCAGAGAAGUUAGUUAUGUCAAAGAAAAGUAUGGUGUAUCCAUUGGUUUUUAAACUUUUGACAUUAGCAUUAAUUUUACCAGUUGCGACUGCGUCUGUAGAGAGUAUUUUCUGCCAUGAGAAUUGUGAAAGACAAGUUGCGUAA